AGUCAGGGUUUUCUAGAGAACGACGUAAAACGUCGGCCGCGGUGUCAAGUUACGGGCCGUUCUUGUCAAAAAUUACCAGAAGUAUAAUAUAUUAAUUUAGUUUUAAAGGGAAAAGGUCCCCGUUAGUAUAGUUCAACAACCAGUAAGAAUUUAAUAGGCUAAAACAUGUCCACUCCGGCCAGACGAAGACUUAUGAGAGAUUUUAAACGGCUACAAGAAGAUCCUCCAGCUGGUGUCAGUGGUGCCCCUUCUGAAAACAACAUAAUGGUGUGGAAUGCAGUCAUCUUUGGCCCUGAGGGAACUCCCUUUGAGGAUGGUACAUUUAAACUAAUUGUAGAAUUCACAGAAGAAUAUCCCAACAAACCACCCACAGUGCGAUUUGUCUCAAAGAUGUUUCAUCCAAACGUCUACGCAGAUGGCAGUAUAUGUUUAGACAUUCUACAAAACCGAUGGAGUCCUACUUACGAUGUGUCCUCUAUACUUACUUCCAUCCAGUCUCUGCUUGACGAACCAAACCCCAACAGUCCUGCCAACAGCCAAGCAGCCCAGCUGUACCAGGAGAACAAGCGGGAGUACGAGAAGCGCGUGUCGGCUAUUGUUGAACAAAGCUGGAGGGACAGUUGACCUGACAAUCCCGACAGCUGCUCGCUCCAUCGUUAAGCUGUGUGUACUGCAAGUUGUAGUGGAGUAACUGAAUUUUUAAACCUUUUUGCUCCCAUCUUUUACUUUUACGCUUUUAUGCACUUUACCCUCAACUUCCCCAACAAGGUUUUUCUGUCGGCCCAGCGAGAGUUUCUUUUUAUUUGGUUCCCUCCUUUUCUAGUCAACCAGGGGAAACGGGCCAUUAAGCUAAACAAGAAAAAAAAAAAAUCUGGUGUGUUCUUACUUGCUUUAAUAACUUCCCAUGACUUGUUAUGGUAAAAGUCUACAAGGGUGCAUCAUUUAGGUCAUGGGUUCUUCUCUGACUAAACCUGAUUGGUUUAGUCAGUUUUCACAAUGCAGUGGAAUAAUGAGCAUCCUGAGCAUCACCUGCUACAGCUAAACCAAACAUCUCUACACCACAUCCUUUGCUGUGUUGUGAACUGUUACAUGCAUGACAUAGUGUAUUCACAAUCCUGUUGCGUUCUCGUGUAUAUAAAGAAACCUGCAACUGAAAUUAUGUACAGAUUUUGCACUGGUUGUCCCACGUGUCACUUUUUCCAGUUCUUGUAAAUAAACAAAGUCAUCCUUAACAGGGAA